AUGGCGCACGAAGAGGCCGCGAGCGAGGCGUCGGGCGAGGCGAGCAGCCCGGGCCUGCUGACGGAGAUCGUGAGCUCCCCGCUCAACCUCAGCCUGCUGGGCCUCUGCCUCUUCCUCCUCUACCAGAUCGUGCGGGGCGACCGGCCCCGCGCCCAGCCCGACGGCGAGGAGGAGCCCCCGCCGCCCCCCAAGCUCCAGCGCCGCGACUUCACGCCGGCCCAGCUGCGCCCUUACGACGGCGUGCAGGACCCGCGCAUCCUCAUGGCCAUCAACGGGAAGGUCUUCGACGUGAGCCGCGGCAGGAAGUUCUACGGGCCCGAUGGCCCUUAUGGCAUUUUUGCUGGAAGGGAUGCAUCCAGAGGCCUUGCUACUUUCUGCCUGGAUAAAGAAGCCCUAAAGGAUGGAUAUGAUGAUCUUUCUGAUCUGGACGCCUCACAGAGAGACACCUUGAACGACUGGGAACAGCAGUUCACGUUUAAAUAUCACUACGUGGGCAAGCUGUUAAAGGAUGGUGAAGAGCCCACUGUCUAUUCAGACGACGAAGAAACAAAAGAUCCUGAACAACGCAAGAAAGAUUAGUGAACUCCUGAAAGAAAAAGAUGGAGAGUUAUUGGAUUUUUAAAGGACCCUUUAUCACAUACAUUCCGGUUGUAUUUUACUGGUUUGAACAUCAGCUCUGUUUUAGAAACGGAAAGCACAUGUUGAUUUGGCUGUAAUUAAACACAUUUUAAUCUACGUUCCCAAGAAACUUUGCCAGACAACGCUGAGCUGCUUAAGUCCAAUCUGUGUGGUCCAAAUUGGAAUUGCAA